GCGACCAGGCAGAGAGAUCCCAGACGCGAGGAAGGACGUACGCCUUUCUCCCCCUCUCUCUCUUUCCCGUAUUCCUCGUGGGUGUCCAGAAAUAAAAAGAUACAUAGGUCAUAACAAACAAACGAAAGAGGAAGAGUUGUAUUCCCCCAACCGAGGAAGAACACACCCGCAAACAUGGAUCCCGAAGCCUUUUUAGAGAUGGCCAACCAGGUCACCAAGUUAAAGAUGUUUCCAUACUUCGACGUCGCCCACUGUGCCCUCUGCUGCCUCUACGUCAGGGAGGACCUCGGCACCGGCGGACUUCCCUUCUCCCGGAAACAUCCCCUGGCCAACUGGCUGUCGAGCAUGAUCACUAUUUUUGCUGGUGGCCUCAUCACUAACUUCCUCCUCGGUGAACCCAUCCUCGGUGCUAUCAAGAACAAUCAACAACUCCUCCUCGCUACAGCUGUAUGGUAAGGCUGGAAAGACAUAAG